AUGUCUGAAACUAAGGUGAAUACAGAAGGAUUAAGAAUGCAAUAUCCCUUUUUAGAAAAAAUAUGGGCACAUUAUGAUGAAUUUAAUCAAGCAGUAGAGCAUUCGGACCCUCAUAAAUAUUAUUAUCAUGCGAUAUGCGAACAAGUUAUGAAAAAAGUGCAAAAUAAUGAAAAAUGGAACAAUGAUAUAUGUAUAAAACUUAUAAGAAAUUUAAGAAAUUUUCCUUCUAUAAGGAAUACGGAUAAAUAUAAUUCUGAACGUUGUAAUAAUUUAAACAGCUGGUUAUAUUACAUAACAAAGAAUUAUGAUGUUCAUCAAAAUUCUAUUAUGAAAAUUUUCGAUGUAUAUAAAGAUAAAAUGGAAAUCGUAGGUCAUGGCACACCCUACUGCAGUAAGUAUUUAUAUAAAGAUAUAUAUAAAAACUCUGAUGAAAUAAUAAAGUUAAUAAAUUUGAAAGAAUAUGAGAAUGACAUUUUAAGUAUCUUAAUGAAUAAUAAUCAUAAUAAUCACCGUUUAUGUCUAAAAUUCAUUUUUGAAUGUGCUAAUAAAUAUAAGAAGAUGAAUAAAAUAUAUUGCACUAAUCAAACAAUAAACAGUUCUGAAAAAUCCUAUAUUUGUUCUGAAUUACUGAAAUUCAUGAGAUUGUUUACAUCAUACAUUUCAACAAAAGAAGAAUUAAUAGAAAAACUUCCAUCAUUAGAUGCUGAGGAAAGUGAAAAAUUUCCCAUUUGUUCAUCCGAUACAGGAAAAAAAGGAGUAAAAUUAGAAAAAAAACAGAAUUAUAUUACAGUGGAGUUUAUCAAUCUAGUACUCCUAGAAAAAUUA